AAAACAGAGAGCAGCCAAUAGCAGAGUAUACUCAAUUGAGUAUAUAUAUAUAUCCGUCUCUUUAUCUCCGCUGUUCCUUUCUGGUCAAAGAGCUGCCCUGCCCCCUCCCUGCCUUCCUGUCACCUCUGCCCAAACAGACCGAUGUCUGGCCCGCCGCUCUUUCUCGCCUCAAUCGGCAACCCCCCGCCCCGAUGGCAUAAAACCCUCCACUCAGCCGGCCACAUCCUCCUCCGUGCGCUAGCUCAACAUCUAGAUGCUCCCUUGCAACCAAUACCUCCCUACUCUCUAACCUCAAACCCACCCCCACGAGACCAUCCGGGCCCAUACACCUCCCGCACCCAGCUCCCCCGUACACGCACGCCACUGACGCUAUGGCAGUCACCAUCAUUGAUGAAUGUAUCCGGUCCAACGCUGAUAAGGACGUAUGAAAAGUGGCGUGCGGAACGGGGCGGUGGGAUCGGUGGUGACGUCGGUCUCUCAUUAAAGAGCAGCGCGACAACGACAAAUAUAAUCCACGAAGACGGCCUAGGCCAAACCCAAAGCCAAAGCCAAAGUGAAACAAAACGCACAGCAAAAGACACCAACAAACCCAUCCCGCUAAACCUCAUCCUCCUCCACGACGACCUAGAACUUUCCCCGGGGAAACUCUCUGUGCGCCGCGGCGGCGCAUCCCUCUCCGCGCGCGGCCACAAUGGUAUCAAAAGCGUAGUGAGUAGCCUUGUCAAGGCUGGUAUGCUGGCGCCGGCGCGCGGGGCGGCCAAGAAGAUGAAAGGAGGCGGCGGUAGUGCUGUGAGCAGUGCGGGAGCACUUGACCCAACCCGCUUCCAGCUUACGCGCAUCGGGGUAGGCAUUGGGCGGCCGGCGAGCCGUGAGCCGGAGGAGGUGGCGGAGUAUGUGCUGGGCCGAAUGCCGGAUCGGCAGGUAGAGGUGACGGAAGGGCUAGUAGAGGAGUUGGUGGGGAUAUUAGAGAGGGAGGUUGGGAUGAUGACGGGGGAGUGACGGUCUAAUGUAGAUGCUAGCUGGUGUGGAGGUUGGGUUGCAUGCAUGGUAUGUACUGUACGAUAUUGAUGGGUGUGUAUGUUUGUAUAAUUGGCUACUAGAUUUCCUUUUCAGAUUGCAUUCGGAGGAUUGAUUGCUUUUGUUUUUUUUUUUUUU